AUGGAACAAGCCAUUGCUGAUAACGUCGACAUCCUCUCUCUCUCACUCGGCUCAAGUGGCGUGCCAUUCCACAUGAAUCCCCAAGCCAUUGCAGCCUUUGGAGCGACAGAAAAGGGAGUAUUUAUUUCUAUCGCGGCAGGCAAUGAAGGACCAUUGCCAUCUACUCUGGCUAACACAGCGUCAUGGAUUACAACCGUGGCUGCGAGCAGCAUGGACAGAGAUUUUCCUGCUUCUAUGGUGUUGGGCAACCGCGAGAUAUACAGAGGCUCCUCCGCCUUAAAAGGAGGAGAUGGAAAAUUGCAAGGGCCAUUCCCUCUCGUCUAUGUCUCUGCCAGUAGCAGCUCAAAGCGUUGUCUUGAUGGUAGCCUGGACUCCAAUGUGGUAAAAGGCGGUGCAGGAAUAAUUGUGGCCAAUGAAGAGCUCCUUGGAGCACAGCAGCUGUUUUCUUACAUUUAUAGAUUUCCUGCUAUCAGCUUAAGUUUCAAAGCUGGGGAAAGAAUAAAAUCCUACAUCAAGAGCACAUCGAAAUCGACAACUGCCACGGCCGCCAUGCGUCUCACGGGAUUGAGUAUUGUGGGGAAGGCAACAGCCGCUCCCAUUGUGGCUACUUUUUCAUCGAGGGGGCCGAGCAAAGCAUAUCCCUCUGUUCUCAAGCCUGAUAUACUGGCUCACGGAGUCAACAUAUUGGCAGCAUACAUAGGAGGCGCCACAAAUUAUGUCUUCGAUUCGGGGACCUCAAUGGCGUGUCCUCAUGUCAGCGGCAUUGCAGCACUCGUAAAAUCCAUCCAUCCCACUUGGAGCCCUGCCGCCAUCAAGUCUGCUCUCAUGACGUCUUCCUACACUGUGGAUAAUGGAAAGCGGGCGAUCAGAGAUUCAGUUACCAUGAAGGAAGCCAACCCAUUUGCUAUGGGCUCAGGCCACGUGGACCCAAGAUCUGCAGUGGAUCCUGGUCUUAUCUACGACAUGGCACCGCAAGAUUAUAUAGAUUUUCUAUGCACUCUUAACUACAGCAAGAGACAAAUUGCUCUUCUCACCAAGAAACUGAUGUCGUGUCACAAGUCCGGUUUGGAAGCUGGAGAUCUCAAUUACCCUUCGUUUUCUGUUGUGUUUAAGCCGGGCAAACAUUCGGCUCAGAACCCCGACAAUCUCCCAAUUCCACCUGCUGAUAUUCCUCCACUGCUAUCUCCCAACGCUAUCACUGUGCCUCUUGCUAACACUGCAAGACUGUUUGCUAUUACUGCAAACACAUUUGCUAACACUGCAAAUGCUCUCCAAGAUGUGUUUUCCAAAUGCCCCUAG